AUGGAUAAGAAUGUGAUUUCUACGUUUUUGGCAAUGCUUUACUUGAUUAUCAACAUUGUUGCAUCUCUAAAUAACACCACUGAGGAAUAUGCUCUUCUAGCCUUCAGAUCUCAAAUAACAUUUGAUCCAAAUAAAAUCUUGGCCAAAAAUUGGAGACAUCAAAGAGUAAGGAGCUUGAAUCUAGCAGAUAUGGGUGUAGGGGGUACUAUUGCUAAAGAAAUCGGUGACUCUUUUCUGAGGUCCUUUAUUAUUAGCAAUAAUAAUUUCCAUGGGUUUAUCCCUAAUGAAAUUGAUAUUGGUUUAAGAAACAAUAGUCUCUCUGGAAGUCUACCUAUGGAUAUUUGCUACAACCUUCCUAAGCUAGAGAGGCUAAGGAUUGCAGUGAAUCAAAUAAGUGGAAAUAUUCCUUCAAGCUUGGGAACAUGCUUGAAUCUUGAACAACUUUCUCUGUCAUACAAUCAUUUCUCUGGAAGAAUUCCAAUAGAAAUAGGGAACUUGUCAAAGCUUCAAAUGCUCUAUCUUGAAGCAAAUAGCUUGAUAGAGACUGGGCUCAAUUCCUAA